AUGGAUCGUCCUUUUAUUCGUUUGGCUCCAAUUAAAGUCGAAAUUAUUCAUUUCGAGCCAUUAGUUGUUAUAUUUCGUAAUGUUAUGUCCGAUGAAGAAAUUAAAACAUUAAUAAACAUUUCAUUACCAAGUUUGCAUAGAUCUGUGAUUGGAAAUUAUGGAAUUGCUGGACAAUAUGAACCGCAUUAUGAUUUUUCUAGGAAUAACGAAUCUUCAAAGAAUCAUAGUAUGGGAAUUGGUAAUAGAAUCGCAACUGUUCUAUUUUAUUUAACUACACCAGAAAAGGGUGGCUAUACAAUUUUUAAUAAAAUAAAUACAAUUGCUAAACCAUCUAAACGUGAUGCUCUUUUUUGGUAUAAUUUGUUAAGAAAUGGAGACGGAGAUUUAAGAACAAUGCAUGCAGCUUGCCCAGUUUUAAUUGGAGAUAAAUGGGUUGUAAAUUCUUGGAUACGUGAAAGAGGACAAGAGAAUUUUCGUCCAUGUUCAUUAAAAUCACCAACGAUGGAACGUUAUGUUGGAGAUUUAGGAGGUUAUUAUGAAAAUAUUAUGAAAAAAUAUCACCAUAAUUUAAAAAAUGAUUAG